AGCAACUGUACAGACCUGUCGGACACCUGUCGGCUUUCUCUGCGUAAUUUAGCAUUUUAUCAAGUAAAUAACAAAUAAUCAUUCAUUAUUUUCAAGUUUUGAGAUGAGAUAAAUGUGUAAUUGGUAUAAUAUUAUGUAGCUUGUGAAACAGACCGAAGGAAUAAUGAUCAACAUUCAUUCAGCGACGUGUAUUUGUGUGACUCUCCUGACUGUCUACAACUUUAUGGAAUCUCAAUCCGAGCAAUUACAAGUGGUGGGUCCAAAAUAUCCUCUUGUUGCUGUAGUUGGUGAAGAUCUGGUUCUGCCCUGUUUUAUCAAACCCAACACCAGUGCUGUGGACAUGACAGUGGAGUGGUUGAGAGUGGAGAGAGGGGUUUUAUUAGUGCAUAGUUAUAAGGAUCAUGAAGACAAAAAUGAAGGUCAGGCUCAGUCCUAUAGAGGAAGAACAUCACUGUUUAAAGAGGAGCUACAGAAAGGCAACGCUUCACUCAAACUCUCAGCUCUCAGAGUCUCUGAUGAAGGAGAAUAUAAGUGUCUUUUUGAGGACAAAUCCUGGUUCGAUGAUGUCACUGUUCAUGUAACUGUUGAGGUUCAGGGAAGCCACCCGGUGAUCACGAUGGAGAGUUUUGAUAACUCAGGAGGGAUUAAUCUAGUGUGUGAGUCCAGAGGCUGGAACCCUGAACCUGAGGUUCUGUGGCUGGACAGAGAAGGAGUCACUCUGACUGCUGAAGAUACACAGAUACACAGAGACACUGAGCUCUUCAAUGUGAAAAGCCGCAUCACUGUUUAUGAUUAUAGCGACAUUGACAGGUUUUACUGCAGACUUCAACAAAAACAUCAUAUGAUGGAGACAGACAUUAUCAUUGAUAGUAAAGUCUUUCAUGCUUGGAAGUGGAUUGUCGGUAUUUCUGUUUCAGCAUUUCUACUUGUUGUUGGAUUGAUAUUAACUGCUGUUAUCCGCCACAAGAAAGAACAAAAGAAGAAGAACUAUGCAGAGAUUACAGAGAAGAAGAAGUUUGAAGUGGAUGUGACUCUGGAUCCUGAUUCAGCUCAUCCUCAACUCAACCUGUCUGAAGAUGGAAAACAAGUGAGGCAUGUAGACACACCACAGGAUCUCCCUGAUUCACCACAGAGGUUUAAAUUUCCCUGUGUUGUGGGACAGCAGAGUUUCUCUUCAGGGAGAUUUUAUUAUGAGGUGCAGGUGACAGGGAAAACUGCCUGGACAUUAGGGGUGAUCAGAGGGAACAUUGACAGGAAGAAGAAGAUAAAAGAUGGAUUAUGGCUUUUGGAAAUGAGGAAUGAGAAUAAGUACCGGGCUUUUGCUGGUCCUGCUGUCCACCUCACACUGAGAAAGAAGGUGGAGGUUGUGGGGGUGUUUGUGGAUUAUGAGGAGGGUCUGGUCUCCUUUUAUGAUGUGAAGUCCAGCUCUCGUAUCUAUUCUUUCACUGAUCAGUCUUUCUGCUCAGAGAAACUCUAUCCAUACUUUAGUCCUUGUAAUAAUAAUGGAGGCAAAAAUUCAGCACCACUGAUCAUCAUUGCUGUUAAUGAAUACAAUUACAACACAGGGAUGAUGUUCCAAUGUAUGUCUCUGCUGUUUGUCGUCAUCUUUAUGGCCACUCAAGCAGAGCGAUUAAAGGUGGCUGGUCCAAAGGAUCCUGUUGUUGCUGUAGCUGGUGAAGAUCUGGUUCUGCCCUGUUUUAUCAAACCCAGUGCCAGUGCAGUGGACAUGAGAGUGGAGUGGUUCAGACUUGAUGCAGAGCACUCAUUAGUGCAUCUCUAUAAAGAUCAGAAAGACUACAAUGAGAAGCAGGCUCAGUCCUACAAAGGAAGAGCAUCACUAUUUAAAGAGGAGCUACAGAACGGCAACACUUCACUCAAACUUUCAGCUGUCCGACUCUCUGAUGAAGGCGAAUAUAAGUGUUUUGUUGAGGAUAAAUCCUGGUACGAUGACAUCAUUGUGAACGUCACUGUCAAAAUUCUAGGAAGCCACCCAGUAAUAAUGAUGGAGAGUUAUGAUAACUCAGGAGGGAUUAAUCUAGUGUGUGAGUCCAGAGGCUGGAAACCUGAACCUGAUGUUCUGUGGCUGGACAGAGAAGGAGUCACUCUGACUGCUGAAGAUACACAGAUACACAGAGACACUGAUGGCUUCAGUGUGAAAAGCCGCAUCACUGUUUAUGAUUAUAGCGACUCUAACAGGUUUUACUGUAGACUUCAGCAACAACAUCACAUGAUGGAGACAGAAAUUAUCAUCAAUAGUGACAUAUUUGGAGCUUGGAAAAUAUCUGUGAUAAGUAUUUUCCUUUUAGUGUUGUUAACUACAGCUGGAUUCGUUUUAACAGUUGCAUGUGCCUAUCAAAAGAAAGGUAAUGUCUGAAAUCAGUCACAUGCCAAAAAUGUUUUUAAACUUCCAUUAAUUUUAAACCAUCUGACUGAGAUUUGGGAAAAUAUAUUAUUUUAGAUUUAAAUUCUAUGUUUCAUCAUAAAGCAGUGAAAUGUGGUGAAAGUUGUUUUUUAGAUAUUUUG